AAGAUAACUGUAUCCAUUAAGUCACAACAUAUAUAAGCUAUAGUAAAUAUCACAUUGAGAGCUAAGCUAGCUAACAAGUGAAAAUCUCAUUCAUUUGAUUUUAACUUUGUGGUAGUUUCCUACUAUUAAAUAUCGACACAGGUGGAGUUGGUUCGGUAACAUUUACUUCUCUGCUCCCACAUUCCCAACGUCCCCUCACGUGACUCUCACGGGUCUUCCUUUCUUCUUCCACCGCCAUUAAUACAAUUACAAACAGUUCUCUCUCACAAAGCAAUGGACUCUCACAUCAACCCUAGCCAUGGCGGAAACUCUUCUUCUCUCGAUAGUCUCAAACCGAGCGUAUUCGCCACCAUCAUCAUCCUUGUCAUCACUCUCAUCAUCUCCGUCUCCAUUUGUUUCCUCCUCCGCUGCCUCAACCGCUGUAACCACCACUCGCCUCUCUCUCCAUCUUCCUCCGAUUCCGUCCGAUUCUCCACUCACCGAGUCUCUCCCGAAACAGAACGAUCCUCUGUACUCGACUCGCUUCCUAUUUUCAAAUUCUCCUCCGUCACUCGCCGAUCAACCUCCACUAACUCCAGCGACUGCGCCGUUUGUUUAUCGAAUUUCGAACCUGAGGAUCAGCUUCGUCUCCUACCUCUCUGUUGCCACGCCUUUCACGCGGCUUGUAUCGAUACCUGGCUCGCGUCUAAUCAAACGUGUCCGCUUUGUCGCUCUCCUCUGUUCGCUUCCGAUUCCGAUCUGACGAAGGCUCUCGGCGGCGGAGAAGGAGAUAACAGUUUCCGUCUCGAAAUCGGAUCAAUCAGCCGCCGCGACAAUCCGAUUCCGGAAUCCGACGGUCAGCACCGGUCUUACUCAAUCGGAUCGUUCGAUUACAUAGUCGACGACGUCGAAUCCGAAAUCUCUGAGUCCAAUUUCAAUCAAACGCGAAAACAGGAAGACGCGCCUGCGACUGCGACUGCGGUGGCGGUUACAGCGUCUAGUUAUAAUCCGUCCGCGUUUGAAGCGAGUUUGGCGGGAGAGAUAGGUAACGAAGGUUCUAGAAGCUGGCUUAAGGAUUACGUGGACAGACUCUCCCAUGGUAUUUCGUUUAGAAGCUCUGAUAGGUUUUUUACUGGGAGCAGUCGUCGGAGCGAGGAAAUGACGGUGAUGGAUUUGGAGGCGAAUCAUGCCGGAGAAGAGAUAAGUGAGCUUUUCCGGUGGUUCUCAGGUAUGUGAUGCGAGUGUGACUCCGAAUGACUUAUCAAAUUUUAUUCAUUUACUUGGUUCGAAAGAAAAGAAACAGAGCCCUUUUGCUUUUGGUUUGUACAUAUUAAACAGUACUCAAGACUUUCUAAUUUGGUAUACUUGUUCUUAAACACUAAUACUGUAUAUAGGCAAGUUAGCACCAAGUUUCUAUCGUCGAUAAGAUAAUGAUC